AUGAGCAACAAGGACGCUGGCUCCAGGCAGGAUGGUCCCCGCCUCGCAGGUGGAAAUCAAAGAGAACUUGCCCGCCAGAAAAAUAUGAAAAAACCCCAGGAAAUUAGCAAAGGAAAAAGAAAAGAGGAUAGCUUGACUACCUCUCAGAGAAAGCAGAGGGACUCUGAGAUCAUGCAGCAAAAGCAGAAGAUAGCCAAUGAGAAGAAAUCUAUGCAGACAAGAGAAAAAUGAUGACUGGCUUUGUGGAAAACGCGGGUGCUAUAGCCAGUGGGUGCAUCAUAAGCUCUAAGAUCAGAAUUUCUCAGAGUGACUAAUCAUUACAUGUGUCAUAACUUAUCCUUAUAAAACUGACUAUUUUAAACUUUACUUUUCAGCCUUACUUAAUAUGAUGUUUUAAGACCAUUCUUCAAAGAAUAAAGUACUGACCAUGCAUGUGAAAAAAAAAAAAAAAAAAA